AUGAACCCCAAUCAGGCAAAACUUAUUAGGUAACUUCCAAUCAGAGACUCAAAGCUUAAAGAGUUCAGAGAAUUUCGACAAAAAACGGGGAAUCGCCGCUUAAAUCGUCCAGUUAAUCGAUCUCUUCCUCCUCAGCCUAUUUCAUCCCAACCACAUUCUCAAGAAGUGCCUAUUGAGCCUAUAAAAACCCAAGUAAUCCCUGAAAACCCAGAAAUUAUAGAAGAAAAAGCACAUAUUAAGCAACUCUCGGCUUCUCCUCCUGCCACAGAAAUUCAGCAAUCAGAAGGCUCAGAGUUUACAUUUAAAUCAAUUGACACUUCUUCUAUUCAAAGUGACUCAUUGCAGUGGGAAGACUUAUCAUCACUUACAAAGCAGCUAACCACAAAGCAAAAAGAAGCUGAAUCAGCUAAAGUCCAAUGCUUGACAUUAGAAAUGGAACUAGAAAAUGAGAAAAACAAAGGAAAGUUAAUGGAAGAAGAACUAAAAGAGCUGAGAGGAAAAUUGCGCAAGCUUGAUUCUGAAGGCCAGGUCAGAAAAGACCAGCAAAAAAUAGAGAAACUUAAUGCAGACAUCGACAAUCGGAACUGUGAAGCUGAAAAUUUGCAGAGAGAAAUCGAAAUCCAUACAAGGGAAUGCACAAAACUAAGAGACCAUAGCAUAAGAGUAUCAGAAGAGUACAAAAGAUAUAAAACUCAGUCUCACGAAGCAACCAGUAGACUUGAAGAAGACAUAAAAAUCCUCACAGCCCGCCUUCAUCAGCCUAAAAAUUCAUUUCUCGACUCACAAAUUUCUGAGCUCCAAACCGAUAUUUCUUCUCUUCGCAAUGAGCUUUCUGCUUUACAUCAAGAAUGUGACAUGCUUUAUUUAGAAAUCCAAGACAAAGACGAAGAAAUCCAGCAGCUUGACUUGCAGCUAAAUCAAUUAAAAUUAGAAAAUGACAAUUUAUAUGAGCCGUUUAAUUAUGAAGCUUUGUCAUUUCCAGCUGAGCCACCUGAGCCUUCUUAUUCUCCUGUAGUAGAUAUACACCCACAAUCUACUGACCGCCUGGUUUCUGAUGUCGGGAGCACAGGCGCAUGGAAUUCUUACCAAAAGUCAUUGGAAGAGUCAAAAGAAGCCCAUUAUGCUUCCCCAGACCCUUUUGAGAACUUAUUCCAUCAGUCUACAGGUGAGACCUCCCAUCAUUAUAAAGAAGAGCCUGCAACUCCUCCGUUAGAAUAUAUGGAAUCCCAAGAAGAGCUUAGAGAAGACAAGACCCCGCCAGCAUCUCAGCGAUCUUUUGAAAUAUACCAAGAAGUCGAAGAAAGCAAAGAAACUGGGACCCCAAAAAGAGAAGAUGCCAGCAGCGGAAGACCUAGUAGAAAUUCAACACCCCCAAGAAUCAGCUAUGAAAGAAAUAUGUCCCCAGCCCCACAGGUUUUAAAUGAAAGGGUCCAUAACUUGACGCAGCUUCGCCAUCCUUUGCAUUAUUCGAUUCCAGCAGAAAGACAAGAGCUUGAAGAUGAUUUUUUUGCAGAAAUGCAGAGAAAUGAUGAAGAAAGAAGAAAAAGAAAUAGCAGUGCAAGGCAGCCAAGGUCAUUUUUUGAAUAA